AUGGCGAAUUGGCGAUUGGCGAAGAUGGGUGGAGUCGAUGCUGGCCACUCAGUGUUUUACGGCGUGGCCACGUCACCCGACGGCCACCGUCCUCGGUCGCGGGCUUCCUACGGCGGCCGCCCCCGGCAUCCUACGGAGUCCCUCGCCGGCUUCUACGGCCUCCGUCUCCUCAUCGUUGCCGGCGUCCCAUCGUCACCCCGUCGUGCCAUCGCUCCCACCAGCCGCCUCCCACCCCGUGCCCACGCCACGCGACGGUUCCAUCUCCUCCGCCCCGACACCCUCCCCCUCGCGCAGCCCCGACGCCCUCCGCCCUCCCCCUCCUCUCCGUCCGCCACCCCCCGCGCUCGGCACCCUCCUCCUCCGCCUCCUCCAUCCGCAUCGCGGCGCCGAGCGCCGCCACACCGCGAAGAUGACUCGGCGCGGCGACGCCGUGCCCCACCGCGCCGCGGCGGGAGCGACGCGUGGACCUCCUCACCACGAAGACUGCGCGGCCGCCGCCUCCACGCCGCCGGAGACCGAGCUGUGAACGGAUCGGCGGCUGCCUCCCCCCACGUCCUCCUCGCGCAACCCCAGACAACGGCCGACCUUCCGCCAGCCCGAAUCGGCCGUUUUUCUGACCGCCGGAGCUGCUCCGCCGCCCACAGUGAGCACCGGUACCCCCUCCGCCGCGCUGCCACCUCCCCCCUCCUCCAGCGUCUGCCGGCGCCCUUCCCGUCCCUCGGCGCCGCCUGCGAGCACAGCCACGACAUCGUGUGCUGCAGCGGCUCUAGCACCGCCGCAGGACACUGCGAGCUCGGUGCCCCCCGCCGGCGCGGCCCGGAGGAAGCUGCCCACCGUCCCAAAGCCGACGUGAACCCCAGCGUCCUCUUCUGCGCAACCUGCAGCCCCCACAGGCAACCAGCGGCAGCCACCAUCUUCACCAACUCUGGCAUGGAGGAUGCACACAACCUGCUCGAGGGAAUAGCUGCAAGAUGCUACAGUGAUGAUGUAGGAUAUCCUGGAAUUACAGUCAUACCUCAGCAACGUCGAAUCUCCAAGUCAAACCUUCUGAAGGAAGAGGAAUCUGGAUAUUAUGUGGACAAGCAGUUCAAUCUAAACACACGUCCGAUCGAUGUUGGAGAAAGCAAGGUACAUGUAUCUUGGGGGCAGAAAUAACAGUAAAUUAUUUGUUCAUCUUGUUAUUAUGAGCAAAUUGAUUUGAUCAAUGUCAAAUGAUAAAAAUACUUUCGAGGGGAUCGUGUGUAAACUACACAUUUCUAUUUACAUGAA